AUGCACCACGAGAAUUAUGAUCCUUGCUUCCCCGACCAACCCGUGGUCCACCAAUACCUCCCUGUCUGGGCCAACCUGCCGUCCUUCCGCUCCAAGCCGGCCUUCAUUUGGUCCGAUGGAAUCUCCACCCCCACCACUCUCCUCACCUAUUCUCAACUUCAUGCCUCAGCGAAUCUCAUUUCCUCUAAGCUCCUCAUUCCUCUACAGAGACGCGACACUGUCAUCAUCCUGUGCCCUCCGGGACUCCAAUUAGUGAAGGUCGUCUUUGCGUGUCAAAGGGCUGGCCUUCUUAGCGUUCCCAUCACCCCCCCUCAUCCUUCUUUUGCUCGUCACAAUUAUCACCAUCUUAUCAGGGUCCUUUCCCACACAAAACCCAAAGCUGCCAUUGCUCUGCCUGACUACAUCUCCAGUGUUGAGAGCUACGUGUCUUCUUCUUCCCCCCACAAGGAUGAGAACCUGGCUCGCAUGUUACAAAAAAUACGUUGGAUCUCUGUACACGACGAUGACGACACCAAAGAUGCUAAUGGCAAGAUUUUAAACAACCGCGCUGAUUCUACGGCAUAUGAUGGUUGUGGGGCGAAUGAGGUGUAUUUGGUUCAGUACACUUCGGGUGCCACCGGGAUUCCGAAACCCGUGCUUAUGACUGCUGGCUCGGCUGCUCACAACGUUAGGACGGCGAGGGCUGCCUAUGAUCUUCAUCCGAACAGCAUCAUCGUUUCGUGGUUGCCUCAAUACCAUGAUUGUGGUCUCAUGUUUCUGUUAUUGACCGUCGUAUCCGGUGCCACAUGCGUCCUCACCUCCCCAACCGCUUUCGUCAACCGUCCAAGACUCUGGCUUGAAUUGAUGUCGGAGUUCAAGGCCACGUGCACUCCCGUUCCGACAUUCGCGCUGCCCCUCGUCAUCAAGCGAGGUGGGCCACAGCAGGGAACCAUUCCCAUAAAUCUUUCCCACUUAAGGAACCUUAUACUCAUCAACGAGUCAAUCUACAGAGAUUUAGUUGAAGAAUUUGCCCAUGUUUUUAUUCCAUUUGGAUUGAACCCAUCCUCCAUCUCUCCUUCCUACGGGUUAGCGGAGAAUGGUACUUUUGUUUCCACUGCUUGGAGGGUCAAUGAUAGGUACUCUAGCUUUCCAGGGCUUCCGACUCACAGGAAGCUUCUGCCAGUCGCAAGGCUCUCUGAUAAUCCAUCUCAAGAGGACAUGGACAUUGUGGUUGUAAACGAGGAAAGCGGUGAACCGGUCGAGGACGGGAUCGAAGGAGAAAUAUGGGUGUCAUCACCAAGCAAUGCAUCUGGCUACCUCGGACAUCCUUCCUUAACAAGAGAGGUAUUUCACGCGAGACCGGGAAACACAGUUAGAAGGUGUUUUGUUCGAACAGGAGACACGGGCGUUGUUAAAGGGGAGCUGAGGUUUCUGUUCGUGACCGGUCGGUGCCAUGACGUUAUUGAGGUCGAAGGUGGUCGGAGGAUCCAUCCUCACUACAUCGAGACAGCGGCAUACAAGGCGUGUCGGGAGUAUCUGAGAGGAGGUUGUAUUGCAGCAUUUCAGAUGUGGAAGACGAUAGCAGUGGUGGCAGAGAUGCAGAGGAUUGAAAAGGACAGUGGGGUAUUGAGGAGAAUUUGUGAAGAGAUGAGAGAAGGUGUGGCGAAAGAAGAGAUGGUUGAGGUGGGAUUGGUGGCUCUGGUGAAGAGUGAGAGUGUUCCAAAAACAACAUCAGGGAAGGUAAGGAGAUGGGCGGCAAAGGAGAGGUUCAUGGCGGGCAAAAUGACAGUUAUGGUGGACGUUGCAUUCGGAAAUGCAACCCAUGGAGGUGCCCGAGAGAUAAAACCACCAACUCCUGUGUCAUUCAUCUCUCUUCUUUGA